UUGGCGACGCGGGGCUGAAUCCUCCGGGUCGGAUUUUGCGUUCCGACUCCAAAGUCCAGUCCGACGGGGAGCCAUGACGGAGGAGUCCGCCAGGAGGCGGGGCAUGGCAGCGUACGGCGGCCAGCACGCGGGCUACGUAGAGGACGAGGAGCCAUGGCAGGUGUCCCUGGAGAGCCCGCUGACCGCCGCCUCCAAAGCCCUGAUGAGCAUCGAGGGGGACGGCGAGGGCGGCGGCGCCCUGGGUCUCCUCCACGACUACCAGGCCUUCCCGCCAUCUGACGACGUCCAGCUGCGACUGGCUUCCAUCAGUCCAGGACUGUACAGCCCAGCGGAAAGUCAGUUUGAGUACAUACUGGAGGCUCCCCAGUCUCUGAGGUCGAGGAGCCCCGCCGGUCCGAUGAGUUACCUGAACAAAGGCCAGUUCUAUCCCAUCACCCUCAGGGAAGUGGGCGGAGCCAAGGGCCAGCUCAGCCUCAGGAUGCGGAGUGUUGUGAUGUUGGUGUUUGGGGAGGAGAAGGUCUCGGAGGACCAGCUCAAAUACUGGAGGUUCUGGCAGAGCAGACAGCACACCAUCAAACAACGCUGCCUUGACAUCGCCGACUACAAGGAAAGCUACAAUUCAAUUUCCAACAUUGAGGAGAUCGCCUACAACGCCGUCUCCUUCACCUGGGACUCCAGGAACCAAGCCCGGGUCUUCGUGGCGGUGAACUGUCUGAGUACGGACUUCUCGCCGCAGAAGGGCGUGCGCGGCCUCCCGCUCAACUUGCAGGUCGACACGUACGUUCGUGGACACGGCGGCGAGGCGCUGGCACACCGCGGCGUCAGCCAGGUCAAAGUGUUCUGCGACAAGGGAGCCGAACGCAAGAUCCGCGACGAGGAGAAGAAACCGAACUGCCAGCGGUCAAAGGGCACAGAUAUCCGACUGGCAUGUCAGGAGGGGUCCGUCGGGCAUCUGGAGAUCACCGUCUUCGAGACUGUGAGUGACCUGAAGGCCCAGCCAGUUCUCUUCAUACCAGAGAACCACCUCUCCUCCGCCUCCGCCAACAGAAACAUUUGCCAGCUGGAGGAGCGCGAGGAAAGCCCUGAAGUUGGUCUCGGAGACCAGUGUGGAACCCCGGUGACCCCUGAACUUAGACACCGGCUGGCUAACACUGAUGUCUGUGCAGGCCUGGCUGACUGCGCCUUGCACGAGGUAGACAACAGAGUUCUCCUGUAUGUGCGUGGAGAUGGGGAGGAGGUGUUUGAUGCUUUGAUGCUGAGGACACCGACGCUGUCCGGCCUCCUGGAAGCGGUCGGUGAAAAAUACGAGCUCCCUACAGAACGGAUUGUUAAAGUCUACAAGAGAUGUAAAAAAGGGAUACUGGUCAACAUGGAUGACAACAUCAUCAGGAACUAUUCCAACGAGGACACCUUCCAUAUCCACAUGGAGGAGGCGGAGGGGCAGAUCCUGCUAACGCUGACGGAGAUCUGACAGCAGGCCACAUAUUGACCGUUUUCUACAACUGGGACUAUGACGUAGACUCCGACCAUUUUGCAUAUCGCCGCUCUCAUCCUGAAUAUUGAACGGCGAGGGAAAUGGUACAGAGCAACAUUACAAACAAGCGACAGAAAAGAGGCCAAGCUAACAGAGAAGGUCUGGACUACGGAAUGGGAUUUAUUUUAUGUUGUAUACUCCUACUCUUACUUGAAUAUAACUUCUAAUGAAGAGGCACGCGAUGGAGGAGUAUUUCAUGUGGGCAGAUGCAGUCUUGUCAGAACCCCGGAAUCAGCAUAGCCAUAACACACAAGGUACACAAGGGAAGCAUGACCGUAUCUUAGAGGGGACAAACUUAGACGGCCAAUACAUAACAUAUCCCUUCCCCUUUACUUUUGAUGUUCCCUUAACAAAAGUAAAACAUUUCAUUCUGUAUAUACUUUCUUUAAAGUCCC